GGGCGCGCUCCUCGGCUCCCUGGUUUGUUUACACUCCCGCACCCGCACGCAGCAGACUCUUUCUUCACAGCUCACCAGACUCUGAUCAAAUAACCUGUCUGCUGCCACCACCUGCAGGGUAUUAAAGGGCAGCCCCACUAGCCGCCAUGGAUGAACCAGCCAGAAUCCGAAGGUUGGAUGAGACAGUUGUGAAUCGCAUUGCUGCCGGGGAGGUUGUGCAGCGGCCGGCCAACGCACUCAAAGAAAUGAUUGAAAACUGCCUGGACGCCAAAUCUACGAACAUCCAGGUAACCGUUAACGAAGGCGGCCUUAAAUGUAUGCAGAUAUUGGACAACGGCACAGGCAUCAGGAAGGAGGACAUGGAGAUUGUGUGUGAGCGUUUCACCACCAGUAAGCUUCAGGAGUUCUCGGACCUGACCUCCCUCACCACCUACGGGUUCAGGGGGGAAGCGCUGGCCUCCAUCAGUCAUGUUGCCCACCUGGCCAUCACCACCAAGACUGCCGACUCAAAGUGUGCCUGGAGGGCCAGCUACAUUGACGGCAAGCUCUCCGGCAAACCCAAACCAGUGGCAGGCAACCAGGGCACCCAAAUAACAGUGGAGGACCUGUUUUACAAUGUGCCAGUGAGGAGGAAGGCCCUACGCAGCCCGGCGGAGGAGCAUGGCAGGGUGUUUGAGGUUGUCAGCCGGUACGCAAUCCACAAUGCAAACGUCGGAUUCACACUGAGGAAACAGGGGCAGCAGAAUGUGGAAUUUCGCACUCCGCCUCACUCCACCCCCUGCGACAACAUCCGGUCAGUCUUCGGCCCGGCAGUGGCGAGGGAGCUGCUGGAGGUGGAUUUUGUGGAUGAUAAGUUGAAGUUUUGCUGUAAGGGUUUGGUGAGCAACGCGAAUUACUCUGUGAAGAAGUGCACCUUUUUGCUCUUCAUUAAUCAUCGGCUGGUGGAUUCGACAGCCCUGAGGAAGGCACUGGAGACCAUGUAUGCUGCGUACCUCCCCAAGGCUGGCCACCCGUUCAUCUACCUGUCUCUGGAAGUCGACCCAUCAACCCUGGACGUGAAUGUACAUCCGACAAAGCACGAGGUCUUUUUUCUGCACCAGGACGAGAUUAUAGAGAGCGUGCAGAAGGCUUGUGAGGCGAGGCUGCUUGGUGCUAAUGAGUCACGCACCUUCUAUACCCAGGGCCUUCUCCCCGGGGCUGCGUCUGUGCGUCCCCCCUCCUCCAAGGCAGUGGGGGGUGAGGAGGGGGGGGAGAAGGACAAGAGGGAUGCCAGCAGCAAGCCAUACGCACAUGAACUUGUACGCACGGACUCACGCACACAGAAAAUGGAUAAGUUUUUGACUGGGUCUGGAGAGAAGAACGGAGAGGCGGAGAGAAAGGAGGAGGAAGAAGGGGAGGGAAAAACAAGUGCAUCUACAGAACAACAUAACAGGCGCGACAUACAGCUGACCUCCGUGCUGACCCUGCGGCAGGAGUUUGAGGGCAACACACACUCAGGCCUCCUGGAGUCAGUUCGCGACCUGACCUUCGUGGGCUGCGUGAACCGGCAGUACGCACUUGUCCAGCACGCACGCACUCUCUUCCUGGUGAACACGUGCUGGCUCAGUGAGGAGCUCUUCUAUCAAGUAGCGCUGAACGAUUUUGGAAACUUUGGAAUCCUCAAACUUUCGAGCCCAGUAGACAUCAGCGAACUUGCCCUCAUAGCCCUGGAGCAGCCGGACAGUGGGUGGAGUGAGGGGGACGGUGCCAAGGAGGACCUGGCCAGCUACAUCAAAACCCUGCUGGUGUCCAAGGCUGAGAUGCUGCAGGAAUAUUUCAGCAUGGAGAUAGACAGCGAAGGGAGGCUCUGCACGCUGCCAUACCUCCUGGACCAGUACGUGCCAGACAUGGAGGGGCUGCCAAUGUUUGUUCUGCGGCUUGGGGCAGAGGUGGAGUGGGGCGACGAGAAGGAAUGCUUUGACACCUUCGCGCGGGAGCUGGCAAGAUUCUAUGCUGUCAAGCCGAAGAACACAGACGAAGAAGAAGAGGAGGAGGAGGAAGAGGAAGAGAAGAAAGACACAAACGAAAACGAUAACAAAGAAGGAAAAGACGAAGAAAAAGAAGCAAACAAAGCACAUGAGGAAGGAAAAGAAGAGGAAGAAAACGAGAAACGGGGCGAUAAAAAGGAAAAGGAGGAAGAGAAGAAGAAUAAGAAAGGAGGAGGAAGCGGAGGGGAAGGGAGAGGGUGGAAGUGGGACAUAGAGCAUUUGAUAUACCCAGCGGCCAGGAAAAAGCUACACCCUCCGCGCCAUUUUGCUCAAGACACCACCUUCCUCCAGAUUGCCAACCUGACCGAGCUGUACCGGGUGUUUGAACGCUGCUAGAGAGAGAGAGAGAGAGAGAGAGAGAGAGAGAGAGAGAGAGGAUAAUGAUAAAAAAAAAAAGUAGGAAAUCCAUGAAUAGUAAAAAAAUAGCAAUGAUAAUAGUGAUGCACAUACAAAAUAUAAGCAAAUAACUGAAUUAUAUAAUGAUAAUGAUAAUGAUAAUAAUAAUAAUAAUAAUAAUAAUAGUAAUAAUCAACACCAUACUAGCAUCACUACAUAGAAUAUUGAAUACACAACUUCACUAUGAACAAUUCCAAAAUGAAAGAGUGAAAAGAAAAAGCACUAUAUUUUUCACGUAUUAGGAAGAUAAGUUGUAGAGAGAAAGUCUAUUUUUUCACGCCAUUUCUCACUUAAGAUUAUUUUUGUAUAUAUUUAUUUUAUUUUCAAAGAAGUGACAUUUUAAUUUCGUCUCGUUUCUAAUUAUUUCAUUUUUAUUUAAGUUUUAUGUGCGUCUUCACCUUUCACGAGCAAAUACAUUGAAAAAUCACC